GCCCGAGGAACGCUCCGUACUUAGGGGUGUGACAGAACAGGAGACGGAACAGGAAUUUGGUUUGCAAUUGGUUUACCUUUCGUAUUCCCGAAACUCGGUGGGCGUCGCGCGCAGGCCAAAGUGGUGUGGCUGAAGGUAUAGAGAACUUGGACUCCUGACAUGCCUCGGUAUGCGCAGCUGGUCAUGGGCCCCGCAGGCAGCGGGAAGAGCACCUACUGUGCCACCAUGGUCCAGCACUGUGAAGCCCUCAACCGCUCUGUCCAGGUAGUAAACCUCGAUCCGGCCGCAGAACACUUCAGCUACCCCGUGAUGGCUGACAUCCGGGAACUGAUUGAAGUGGAUGAUGUGAUGGAGGAUGACUCUCUGCGGUUUGGUCCCAAUGGAGGAUUGGUGUUUUGCAUGGAGUAUUUCGCCAAUAAUUUCGACUGGCUGGAGAACUGUCUUGGCCAUGUGGAAGAUGACUACAUCCUUUUCGACUGUCCAGGUCAGAUCGAGUUGUACACUCACCUGCCUGUGAUGAAGCAGCUGGUCCAGCAGCUGGAACAGUGGGAGUUCCGAGUCUGUGGCGUGUUCCUUGUUGAUUCUCAGUUCAUGGUAGAGUCCUUUAAGUUUAUUUCCGGCAUCCUGGCUGCUCUGAGUGCCAUGAUCUCUUUAGAAAUCCCACAAGUUAACAUCAUGACGAAAAUGGAUCUGCUGAGUAAAAAAGCGAAAAAGGAAAUUGAGAGGUUUCUAGAUCCAGAUAUGUAUUCUUUGUUAGAAGAUUCAACCAGUGAUCUAAAAAGCAAAAAAUUCAAAAAAUUGACUAAAGCUGUAUGUGGCCUGAUUGAUGACUACAGCAUGGUCCGGUUUUUACCCUAUGAUCAGUCAGAUGAAGAAAGCAUGAACAUUGUGUUACAGCACAUCGAUUUUGCCAUUCAGUAUGGAGAGGACUUGGAAUUUAAAGAACCACGGGAGCAUGAAGAUGAGUCUUCCUCCUCUAUGUUUGAUGAAUAUUUUCAAGAAAGCCAGAAUGAAUGAAACAUUUACUAAAUGGCAUCAUAUAUCUGUAUGUAUAUGAAGAUCUUGUGGCCAAAUCGACAGAUAUUCUCUUUAAAGGAGACAGUAGGAGAAAGCUACUUAUUUUAAUGAAAAAAAGGAGUGCUUUACUCUUCACCUGGAACAUCCCUGGACUCAGUUCUAAGUUACUCCGAAGCCACUGCUGUCUAAGAGGGGAAUCUUUAGACUGGAAGAGGAGCUCAGUGAUGGAACACCGUAAACAUACGCAGAGCCCUGGCUUUGAUUCUACAAAAGGGGCUGAGGGUGGGGUAGAAUCUAUACUAGAAUUCUAAUAGCAUCAAUUUAAUUCUACUUUUAAUUUUAGGUUUUAUGUAGGCCAGUCUGGCCUUAAGGUCAUUAUGUAAUCCAUCAGGCUAGAAUUCAUGGCAGUCUUCCUGUCUCAGCCUCCUGAGUGCUAGGAUUACAGGUAUGUGCCAGCAUACUUGAUUUAUCAGUGUAGAUUUUAACAAUCAAAGGCCAGGUGAGGAAAACAGCUGUGGCUCAGUGAUAGAAUGCUUGGCUUGCAGAUUUUAAAAUCCUGGGUCUAAUCUUGUGAAAGGAAAAAAACCUAAAAGCAAAUUCACAUAGAUUUGUAUAAUACAGGUUAGUGCCUGUUCUAUAUAAUAAAAUGCCAGUCUAAUUUUAUUUUUACACUUGGAUUUUUAUCUUUUGGUUUUUUUUUUUUUUUAAGAUGCACAAAUUAUUGUAACAAAAUAUACCUCAAAAGGGUAAAAUAUCUGAAAGGGUAUUGUAAGACCACUACCUAUCUGUAUCUUAUUUUUGUAUGUUGAAAAAGUAUUACUUGUCUAAUUAAAAAAUUAAAAUAAC